UCUCCGGAAGUGUCAUGGGCGGAAACAGGAAGCGCCGUCAGCUGUUUCAGGAGGACCGACCGGACGGUGUCGGUGUCUUCGGCUCUCGGUGUGCGGCUCGUCCAGCGGCUCUCGGGCCGGUGAGGAGCAGCGGCAGCUCGGCCUGGUUUCCUCCGGAGCGGCGGGAUGUCCGCUCUCAGCAGCAAAGCGCUGCAGGAGCAGCUGUCCGCCAUCAUGGCGGCGCUGACCACGGCGGCGGUGGCGGAGAUCUGCGAGCUGGUGGACGAGGGCUACGCGGAGCUGCAGCUGGAGCUCAGCCGCAAACACCGGGAGAACGAGGACCUGAAGAAGAAGCUGCACCUCAUCGAGUCCAUCGUGGUCCGGGGCGGCGGCUGGGUUGGAAAGGCGGCGGUGCCGGAGGUCGAAGCGGCCGCGGAGGUGUCACAUGAGGCGGGGAAACCUCCGCAGCGGGACGGAGGAGCCGCGGUGCCUCUGCGGGAGGAGCCUCCAGAGGUGGUGUUGAUCAAAGAUGAAGACUCGGACACUAACGACACCUUUGAGGAAGAUAACAAAACGUGUGCUGAUGGGGGGAGAGCUGUGAUCAGAGAGGUCGUCCUGUCAACUCCGGUCAGCCUUAGCGUGAAGAGACGCUGGCCGGGACACGAAGAGGCGGAGAAGCAGUCAUCCUCCGAGCAGCUCACACUGAAAACGGAGACGCCAAAGACGAGCGGGGCCGUCUACACUCUGGACUCCACUCACAGCGAGCCGGGCUGCUCCAGUCAGUUUGGCGGUGAGGAGGUGGAGGCUGACUCCUCACAGAUGGACCCAGACGUCCACCUGGUCCACCAGGAGUGCUCGAUGAUUUCUCCGAGCUCCAACAGACAGACUUAUUUUGGGAGCAGCUCUCUGAUCGAGUCUCUGACCAACAGAGCGGAAAUGGAUCUCAGCCUCACGUGGACCAAACACUCAAAGAGUCAGAUGUCGUUUCCUCAGUUUCACCAGAAUGAAAACAUGGAUGUUGACGCUUUCGGGCUGAAGCUGACCAGCGCUUCGGGAUCAACCUCCACAGACUGUCAACUCUCUGAGAGCAGCAACUCUGGGUUUGAGUAUGAGGACGCUGACAUGAUGAACUUCGCCCUCUACAGGGACCCGUCAGGUCGAUCCCAGGUCGGGCAGCUGAGCACCGGCUGCUUAGGGAAGCGGUUCAUAUGCUCCAUCUGCAACAAGACGUACGCAACGACACAGAACCUGGACGUUCACAUGAGGAUCCACACGGGCGAGAGGCCGUUCAGCUGCUGUCAGUGCGGCAAGAAGUUCACCCAGUCGGCUCACCUGAAGUCGCAUCUGAGCGUUCACUCCGGAGAGCGGCCGUACGCCUGCACACUCUGCUCCAGGAGCUUCAUCGUCAAAUACAGCCUCAAGUUACACAUGACGAAAUGUCACCCAACCGUCAGAGGGAAUGAGUGUGUUCUGUAAAUAUAAAGUUUUAAAAAGAAGAAAUCUUAAAUGGAGCAGAAGCAAAAUGAGCCCAGAGGUGAAAAAGCAUUUAAAAGACUUUUCACCUAAUAUUCAUUUUGGAUCAUGAAGAAAUAAUCAAUUUACUAGAAAAACUCAAAAUAUUUGAUGGUUCUUGUUUUUAACUCGAUAACUGAACAUGAUUGGUUUUGCCAUUUUGAUCACAUUACAUUUAGCUGAUGCUUUGACCAGAAGCGACUUACAAUCAGUGCAUUUAACAUUUAUGAAGGGCCAGUCAGGGUUCAGCGUCUCGCCCAAGGGCACGAAGGCAUGCAGGUUGGGAAGACUGAGAUUAAACCACCAACCUUCUGGUUGGAGUACGACUGCUCUACCCCACAGCCACAGCACCACCUUUGUUGUAUGGAAUAAAUUUAAACAAGAAUCCCCAGAUUAGAGUUUCUCAUUGUUAUUCUAGAGUGAAACCACAAAGUUUAACUUGUGUACAGAUUAAAAAGUAAUUCAUAAAAAAGGCUGAUGAUUGUGUAAAAAAACUAAAUACAUAAAUGCACUUCCUGUUAACAAAGUAUGGAAUCGUUUUGUAUCUGUUAUUAUUUAUUAAAGGUGGAAUCAAAUUUCACUUGAGGAAUUGAAGGUAUAAACAUGUCCAAUGUUGUAGUUUAUUAAACUUUGUUGUUGAACCAGUCAUUUUAUUUUGAUCUUU